AUGUCCUCUUCAACAUUGGGCAAGCGCGGUGCAGCUGAUGCUGGCUUGCGAGACGACCCGGCUUCUGUACGGAAGACCCUUGCCUCUUCCCAGCUCCGGACGACCAUGCUCGAGCGUCGCGUGCUGGACCUCGAGCAGCAGCUUGCCGACAAGGAUAGAACUGCAGAGGAUCUGCGCUCCGAGAAUGCACGACUCGAGGAAGAACGACAUCAGCUAUUCGAGUCCGCGACGCGGGUGAAGAACGACAGCGAUGCGCAAGCGAAGGAAUGGGCCGCAGAGAAGGCUGAUUACGAUGCGAACCUGCGCAAGUAUCGCACGCAAGCGCGGCAGGUCUCGGGCUUGCUGGAGGAGCAGCAGUCGACGAUUUCUAAGCUUCAGCGAAACUACAACCGAGUGCUUCGCGACCUCGAGGAGAAGGAGGCGCUAUACACUGAGCGCAUCAAGGUGCUCCAGGAUGAGCGCGACCAGCUUCGCCAGUACGAGCAGCGGUCGCAGCAUCUUGCGAUUGAGGUCGAGGAGCUGCGAAGGAAGGCUGAUGCGAAGCGCAGCCGCUCGCCUACCAAGGCGGACGACGGCAUGCGAAGCGAGAUAAGAAGACAAUCAGUGUCGCUCCAGUCGCAGCAAAGCAAGAUCGACCAGUUACAGGGAGAGGUGUACGAGCUGCGGCGGUGGAAGAAGGACGCCGAUGUGCGCGAACGGCAGGCGGUGGAAGAGAAGGCCAAGUUGCGCCGGCAGGCCCAGACACUCGAAGACGAGGUUAUGCGGUUGCGACACGAGCGGGACUCGUUAACACAGAGCUUCAAUGGCGCAACGGACGACGAGGUGGCACAGCUGCAGGCACGGCUCGCUGCAUUGGAUAAAGUGCACCAGGAGCUGGCAUCCAAAUACGCUGCCACGACUGCCGAGCUGGAUGAGGCUCGGCGGCGGGCAGGACAGAUCUCGGACGACAGUAUGGCCACAAUCCUCGAUCUCAAGGAGCGCGUGCACAGACUUGAGCGGGCGGAGCGCAAUGCUUCCGAGGGACAGCGCUACGCUGAGGCGCGUGUUGAGGGCCUGAAGCGCGAGUUAGAGGCCGCGCGCUCGGGACCCGGCGGCGACGGGCCAUGGGGCAACAAGAUGCGCGCGCUCGAGGCCUCCAUCACCGAGUACAAAAGUGCCCUGGAUCUGCUGCAGGCUGAGGCGGCAGAAGUUGAGGAGCGCGUUGCCCGCGGCGCAGGGCUCGUCAAAGCACAGGCGCUAGAGAACGCCGAGGCGCGCGCGUCGUCUUUGGAGUGCGAGAAGGCUGAGCUGGAGGCUUCGGUAGAGGAGCUCACGAAGGCGAACACUGCGCUCGAUGCCGACAUUGCCGAGCUGAUGCGGCGUGUCGCCAGCGGUGAAUACAAUUCCGAGCGGGAGCGUGUCCUCGAGGUGCGCGACAACCCUGCCGCGCGGGUACAUGCCGUGAGACGCGCGCAGCUGGACGAUCUGCGAACUGAGAAUGCCGCGCUGCUCGCCCGCCUCAAGGAACUGGAUACAACGCCCUCAGAGGGCGGUAAUGGCCUUGUUCCUCGUGCAAGUUACGACCGGCUUGAGAAGGAGCGCGACACCGCCGCCGCUGCGCACGAGAAGCGUCUACUGCGCCUCAAAGAGAUAUUUGGGCUCAAGAGCCGCGAGUUCCUCGAGGCUGUGUACUCUCUCCUCGGCUGGCGUAUCAAGUUUGAGGAGAACGGCGGUGAACUCCGCCUCACGUCCAUGUAUGCGCCCAAGGGCAAGAUGGGCCUUACACUCAAAUUCACUUCAGACGAGGGUCACUUUGGUACGAUGCACAUGAGCGGCGCGAUGAAGCGCGGCCUCGAGGAAGCUCACCAGUUCUGGGUCAUCGAACGGCAAAGCAUUCCCGGCUUCCUGGCGCAGGUCACGACCGAGAUGUUUGAGAAGACGACUUUCGGGCGGGCAGCGGGUUAUGUCGGUCUGGGCGUUGAGCAGUAG